AUGAUGGGAGUCUUGGAAUCUGCAGGAGUGGUCGUGAGACUGGCCUACGUAGGCGGCGUGCUGGCGGAGGGUGAGUCGCCCAACUUUGGCCGUACCAUGACUCUUCUGCCGCUGCCGGACGGCUCGCUGCCGACAGUCGAGAUCAGAUCGAUGGCAUGUGAGUCAUGGAACGCCUUUCUCCGCUUGUUUGAUGGCUUCGAUGAUGAAGAUGCUCUGCCUGCAAACGUUGUUCUUGUUGGCGAGGUCUGCAACGCUGCCGGCGACGUGGUGCUCUGGUCUGGGGACGGGCACAAGAUCGUCCACGACACGGUGAUGGUUGAUAAUGGCGAUGUGGUGUAUAUGGGCCUCGGCAGCGACCAGUGGGUCUGGCCCGCCACUGAAUCGGUGUUUGAUGUUUCGCUGCACACCCCGCGCUGGAUCAAGGCGCAUGUGCCAGACUUUGCACCGCUCCCGCUCCCGCUGCAGAUGACGCCGCUGGCGGCUCGGCCUCGGCUGUUUCACGUGGCCAAGCUUCUCUCAGUUCAGGAGACAUGGUAUCUGCGGAUGCUGGGCAGGCGGGCCGGGCUCGCUGCGUCUGGCGUGCUAGAUGGCGUCGAUACCGAUCGGCGCUCGUCGCGGACAGCGUCACUGGCGAGCGCAGAGCUCGGCGGCGACACGUUCCUGCUCGCACUACGUGCACGGGCGCAGUCGCUUCUGCGCCUGGACGACUCGGUAGGCUUUGCAUCGGUCGAGGCGCUGCAGGUGGUGCGGUACGAGGCCGGGCAGAAGUUUGGCCUCCACUACGACGCGCUGGUCGACGACGGGGCCAUCAACAUGACCCGGCCGUCGCCGAGCCGGACUCAUCAGCGCUUCGCCACUAUCUUUGCAGUCCUCGGCACUGAUGACGAGGCUGACGCCAGCGGGCGGCCGCCGCACCGCGACACACCUCCGGCGGAUCCGGGCGCGCCGGGAUCGCCCACCAUCUUUCCGCUCGCCAAGUCGUCAUCCGAGCUUGCGGCGUGCUUUCCCGAAUGUGCCCCAAUAGGCGACAUACCAUACCUGCCGUUUGGCGAGCAGGCGUCUGGGCGUGAUCCCUGUCAGGUCCGCGACUCGGGCGUAGGUAUCGAGCUCGCCCAGGGCGAUGCCGUCGUCUUUUACUCGCAUCUCGCACACGGGCAAGCCGGGGCGUUCCUCGACAAGUGGUCGCUCCACGGCGGCUGCGAGGUUCCGGCCACUGCGCCCACCAAGUGGGGACUCAACAUUUGGUUCUCUUCGCACGUCCUUGUCAACGAUGACGGCGACACCAUGUACACUCCCGGCCGAUCGCCAGCCGAGAUGGCGGCGCUCCUCGACGAGCACGACGACGAGUAUGACGAGUAUGACGAGUAUGACGACAAAGGCGGCGAAAGUGACGAUGAGCUUCACGAUGAGCUGUAA